CUAGAGUUUUGAUGCUCGGACAGGCCAGUGUUAUUCGCAAUCCAGCAGUUGUCGCGAUCGGAAGCAAAUCGGAAAAUCUCCCUUGGAAUCCUAAACCACGAAGGCGAAGAAUUUGCUGGUUGUGUUCGACGAUUACUCGACGUCGACGCAUUUCAAUUGGAUUCAGAAUUUGAUUUAUUGAAAUGUUGCCCUUUCGCUGGGGCCUGCUACUGGGCCUCGUAGUGCUCGUAGCGUGCGGAGCCAAUGGAGCUGCCAUCGAGAAGUCGGCCAGCAGCACAGUUGAGCUCUCGGACGAAAACGAUUUGUUGAGACAGAAACGAAGCGGCAGAGGCUAUUCCACGGGUCAGACCCAGUCGCAGUACUUAAACUUUGGUAAGCCCGAAGAGGACGGCAAGGCCGAGGCGGAGGCCAACGAAAAUGGUUCCCGGGCGACAGUCUCUGGAACUCAUGGCAUGGGCCAGGCCCAGAGUCAGUUCUCCUCGGGGGACUGCAGUGGCUGCGCCUACCAGCCGGACUACCCAUCCUCCGGUAGGAUUCUCGAUGCCAGUGGAGGGCCAGGUGCCUCAUCAAACCUUCCUGGUAAAGUUGGUCCAGGAGCUGUUGGACAACCCGGAUUCGGUGGUCAGCCAGGAGUUGGCGGACAGAGAGGUAUAAGUGGGCAGCCAGGAUUUGGAGGACAAGGUCAUCCAGGAUAUGGCUCCCAAGUCGGAGGAGGAGGUCAGCCUGGAAUCGGUGGAGGUCAGCCAGGAAUUGGCGGACAGACCGGAAUCAGUGGACAGCCAGGAUUUGGUGGACAACAAAGAAUUGAAGGUCAGCCAGGUUAUGGCUCCCAAACGGGAGGUGGAGGUCAGCCUGGAAUCGGUGGUGGUCAGCCAGGACAACCUGGUGUUGAAGAUCUAUCCAGCAUUGGAGGCGGUCAACCUGGAACAGCUGGCGGUCAACAAGGACCUCAACCAGGUGUAGGAGGUUUAAGUGGUGAACAGCCCGGUUACGGUGGACAAGCUGGAACUGGAGCUGGACAACCUGGGUAUGGAGGCCAGCCCGGAUUUGGAGGACAAUCCGGAUUAGGAGGGCAACCUGGAGUGGCCCAUCCUGGAUACGGCGGACAAUCAGGAACUGGAGUCGGACAACCUGGAUAUGGAGGGCAGACAGGAACUGGCGCCGGACAGCCCGGUUACGGAAGUCAAACUGGAACCGGACAGCCUGCUUACGGAGGUCAGACUGGAACCGGUGAAGGACAACCUGGAUUUGGAGGACAGCCUGGAACUGGACAGCCCGGUUACGGAGGACAGACUGGAGCCGGACAGCCCGGUUAUGGAGGUCAAACUGGAACCGGACAGCCCGGUUUCGGAGGACAGACUGUAGCCGGACAGCCCGGUUAUGGAGGUCAGACAGGCACCGGACAGCCUGGUUACGGACAAACUGGAGGACAGCCUGGAACUGGACAGCCUGGCUUCGGAGGUGAAACUGGAACCGGACAGCCCGGUUUCGGAGGACAGACUGGAACCGGGCAGCCCGGUUUCGGAGGUCAAGCUGGAGGACAGCCUGGAACGGGACAGCCCGGUUACGGAGGACAGACUGGAGCCGGACAGCCCGGUUAUGGAGGUCAGACAGGUACCGGACAGCCUGGUUACGGACAAACUGGAGGACAGCCUGGAACUGGACAGCCUGGCUACGGAGGUCAAACUGGAACCGGACAGCCCGGUUUCGGAGGACAGACUGGAACCGGGCAGCCCGGUUUCGGAGGCCAAACUGGCACCGGACAGCCUGGUUUCGGAGGUCAAACUGGAGGACAGCCUGGAACUGGACAGCCUGGCUACGGAGGUCAAACUGGAACCGGACAGCCCGGUUUCGGAGGACAGACUGGAACCGGGCAGCCCGGUUUCGGAGGCCAAACUGGCACCGGACAGCCUGGUUUCGGAGGUCAAACUGGAGGACAGCCUGGAACGGGACAGCCCGGUUACGGAGGACAGACUGGAGCCGGACAGCUCGGCUAUGGCGCUCAGACUGGAACUGGACAGCCUGGUUACGGACAAACUGGAGGACAGCCUGGCUACGGAGGUCAAACUGGAACCGGGCAGCCCGGUUUCGGAGGACAGAUUGGAACUGGACAGCCCGGUUUCGGAGGACAGACUGGCACCGGACAGCCGGGCUACGGAGGUCAGACUGGAACCGGGCAGCCCGGUUUCGGAGGACAGACUGGAACCGGGCAGCCCGGUUACGGAGGCCAAACUGGCACCGGACAGCCUGGCUUCGGAAGUCAGACUGGAACCGGGCAGCCCGGUUACGGAGGCCAAACUGGCACCGGACAGCCUGGUUACGGACAAACUGGAGGACAGCCUGGAACUGGACAGCCUGGCUUCGGAGGACAGACUGGAACCGGACAGCCUGGUUUCGGAGGUCAGACUGGAACCGGACAGCCUGGUUACGGAGGACAGACUGGAACCGGACAGCCUGGUUACGGAGGACAGAUUGGGACCGGACAGCCCGGUUACGGAGGUCAGACUGGAGGACAGCCGGGAACUGGAACCGGACAGCCAGGUUACGGAGGUCAAACAGGAACCGGACAGCCUGGCUACGGAGGUCAGACUGGAACCGGGCAGCCCGGUUACGGAGGCCAAACUGGCACCGGACAGCCUGGUUUCGGAGGACAGACUGGAACCGGACAGCCUGGUUACGGAGGACAGACUGGAACCGGACUGCCCGGUUACGGAAGCCAAACUGGCCCCGGACAGCCUGGUUUCGGAGGACAGACUGGAACCGGACAGCCUGGUUACGGAGGUCUAACUGGAGGACAGCCUGGAACUGGAACCGGGCAACCUGGUUUCGGAGGACAGACUGGUUACGGACAAACUGGUGGACAGCCUGGAUACGGAGGUCAAACUGGAACCGGACAGCCUGGUUUCGGAGGACAGACUGGAACCGGGCAGCCCGGUUUCGGAGGACAGACUGGAUUUGGAGGUCAGACUGGAGCUGGAAGCGGACAACCUGGAUACGGAGGUCAACCUGGAACUGGACAGCCUGGAUACGGAGGUCAGACUGGAACCGGCCAGCCCGGUUUCGGAGGUCCAACAGGAACCGGACAGCCCGGUUACGGAGGUCAGACUGGAGGACAGCCUGGAACUGGAAGCGGACAGCCCGUCUACGGAGGUCAAUCUGGAGUCGGACAGCCCGGUUUCGGAGGACAAACUGGAAAUGGACAGCCUGGAUACGGAGGUCAAACUGGAGGACAGCCUGGAACUGGAGGCGGACAACCUGGUUACGGAGGGCAAACUGGAACCGGACAGCCCGGAUACGGAGGACAAACUGGAAUCGGUGGUGGACAGCCUGGAUUUGGAGGACAGACGGGAACUGGAACUGGACAGCCCGGAUACGGAGGACAAACUGGAACUGGACUGCCUGGGUAUGGAGGUCAAAAUGGAAUCGGUGGAGGACAGCCAGGAUUUGGAGGACAAAGUGGAACCGGAACUGGACUGCCUGGUUACGGAGGUCAAGCAGGAAUCGGUGGAGGACAACCAGGUGCAGGAGUGCAGCCUGGCUAUGGAGGACAAACUGGUAUUGGAGAACAGCCUGGCUUUGGGGGACAACCCGGAGUCAGUGGCGGACAGUCGCUUAUUCCUGGGCAACCAGGCUUCGGAGGUCAACCAGGAAUUGGUGGCCAGACUGGUACCGGAAGUCAAGUGGGGCAGCCAGGCGGCAGCUCUCAAAUUGGAGCACCUGGACGCUACACAGCUGGAACUGGGGUCGCACCAGGAGCUAGUGGUGUUGGAGGUGGUCCUGGGUCUGCUGGAGUCGGUGGUGCUGAUGACGCAUUCUCGCAAGCCGAGUCCUCCAUUGGUGACGGCCAGGCGUCCGCAAGUGCUCAGGGCAAGAAGAACGGAGGCACAGCCAAGACGCAGGUCUCGGGAACCUAUAGUGCUGGUGGCACUUUCAGCGCCAGUGCCAUGACCUCGGACGCGGAUCGGGCUGCCAGUGCUCAGGUGACUGGAAACGCCGAUGGAGCUCAGAGUCAGUCUCAAGGCUCCGGCGGUCCGGCGCAGUCGCAGGCCCAGGUGCAGGUGGGCAAGGAUGGGGGCACCAAGGCCUCUUCCCAGAGUGGUGGCAUCAUCCAGCAGAGCCAAAGCGAGGUGCACGCCAACGACAAGGGUGGCCUGGCGGACGCCCAGUCCAGUGGUCCAGGACAAACCUCGUCGCAGGCUCAGAUUGGUUUCCGGCCCGGCCAGGAACAGACAGCAGCCAAUGGCGGCGGCCAGGCUUCCUCCUCUUCAGGAGCCCACUCGAGUCAAAGUAGUUCUCAGAUUCAUGGAACCUCCAGCUUUGGUGUUUCUUACCACGGAGCAGCUCAAUCCGCUUCAGGAACCAAGGAGCAGGUGGCCUCCUACAGGGAACAGAACCGUCAGCUCUUCAACACAAUUAGUCAGUUUGGAAACGGUGGCAAUGCGGUUACUGACCGUGCUGAUGCUGUCUAUAGUGGACCUGCGCUUACGGACGACUCUGAUCGUCUGCCGGAACUGCAAUUAAAAUCCAAAAAUAACAAAGAAGAGACUGAGAAGGGCGAAGAGAAGAAGCCCGACCAGGCGGAGCCCGUUCAGUACGACGACGAUGAUGAAAACGACGCCGACGACUACGACGACGAUGAGUACUACAACGAGAAGCCCAUCAAGCUAGAAGAAAGUCCCAAGCCGACGCCGAAGCCUUUGGCCUACACCCAGUCUUCUCCCACACAGAAGCAACAGGCUGUGGUGGCGGCAGCCCCUGGUGACAAGUACCAGGUGGUGCAAAAGCAAAACGACAAGGUGAACACCUAUACCGAGCCCUCAACCACAGCCAUUCCUCCGGGUUUCCGCGGCACCGUCAACGUGCAGAAGAAGUUCCACACCAAGGCUCUGGAACUGCCGCACAGUGGCAACAAGGUGGAAAUCACUCCCGACAACAAGGAGGAUGGUCCAGUUCGCGGGGACAAGCCGACGGUACGUGCUCCUGAUAGCUAUGUCACUGUUACCAAGUCGGUGACCGGCAGCAUGGACAACAGCAAGAACCCGCCGGAGGAGAACAAGAACUUCCAGUCGACGUACUACACCAAGUCCUCGACAUGUGGCUACUUCACAUUCUCCUGCAACAUCGUCUACGGUCCAAAUGGCCGGAACAAGAUCUGCCGCCCCAAGGCCCCCACCAACGGAAAGUGCUAGGGGAAGGAGGCAGCCGCUCAUACUUACCAAAAAAUACCCACCCAUAUUAAUAUUAUUGUAGAUCAGUUCUAAAAGGGGCUCAAGUGUAGUAAUUAGCUUAAAGACCAACUGCAAUCACAGCAGCUUCUUCAUAAAGCAUUUAUGUGUUUUUCGAGAAUAAUUUUAGAGUUUCACUGCCAUUUCUUCAACAUUUGUACGAUUUGCAACUGUAAUUAAUAUUUAAUAACAAACCAAAACCAAAACCAAA